CCGGAGCCGCGCCCGCGCUGCUCGGCACCCGAGCCCAGCCCGCCGCCGCAGCCGUUGCCCGCCGCCCGGCCGCUCUCGGCCGCCCUGGGGCCAUGUUGGGCCGGGGGCUCCGCUCGGCGUGACUCGGGGGCCGAGGCCGCCCCCGCCGGAGAGCCCGGACAGCCGUCGGGGCCGCCCGCCCCCCUUCCUGUCUCCAGCGCCCGGGCUCGGCUGUGUUUUGCUUGGCCAGCUGCAUGGAUGAAAUUAUCUGAAUAAUUAGCUUUUCCAAGCCAGACUAUAAAUUGGUAGAAUGAAAAAGUUUAAAAGAAGGCUCUCUCUCACGCUUCGUGGCAGCCAGACCAUUGAUGAAUCACUUUCUGAGUUGGCUGAACAAAUGACUAUUGAAGAAAACAGUAGCAAAGAUAAUGAGCCCAUUGUGAAGAAUGGCAGGCCUCCAGCGUCACACAGUAUGCACUCCUUCCUCCACCAGUACACAGGCUCUUUCAAGAAGCCCCCAUUGCGGAGACCACACAGUGUGAUAGGGGGAAGUCUCGGCUCCUUCAUGGCAAUGCCCAGAAAUGGAAGCAGACUUGAUAUUGUUCAUGAAAAUUUAAAAAUGGGAUCAGAUGGUGAAAGUGACCAAGCUUCAGGGACUUCAUCGGAUGAAGUUCAAUCUCCAACAGGUGUUUGUCUCAGAAACCGGAUACACAGACGAAUCUCUAUGGAGGAUCUAAAUAAACGUUUGUCACUUCCUGCGGACAUUAGAAUACCUGACGGUUAUUUAGAAAAGCUGCAGAUAAAUAGCCCUCCAUUUGAUCAGCCAAUGAGCCGGCGCUCUAGGAGAGCUUCCUUGUCGGAGAUUGGAUUUGGGAAAAUGGAGACCUAUAUUAAAUUGGAAAAGCUCGGGGAGGGAACUUAUGCAACUGUAUAUAAAGGAAGAAGCAAAUUGACGGAGAACUUGGUAGCACUAAAGGAGAUCCGCUUGGAGCAUGAAGAGGGAGCACCUUGUACAGCCAUAAGAGAAGUUUCAUUAUUAAAGGAUCUAAAGCAUGCCAAUAUUGUUACAUUACAUGACAUCGUUCACACAGAUAAAUCCUUGACUCUAGUCUUUGAGUACUUGGACAAAGACUUAAAACAAUAUAUGGAUGACUGUGGCAACAUCAUGAGCAUGCACAAUGUGAAGCUUUUUUUAUACCAGAUUCUUCGUGGUUUGGCCUAUUGUCACAGGAGGAAGGUGCUUCAUCGGGACCUGAAACCACAGAACCUCCUCAUUAAUGAGAAAGGAGAAUUAAAGCUAGCAGAUUUUGGACUAGCGAGAGCCAAGUCAGUACCCACAAAGACCUACUCAAAUGAAGUCGUCACGCUCUGGUACCGGCCACCCGACGUUCUCCUGGGCUCCUCUGAGUACUCCACACAGAUAGACAUGUGGGGUGUUGGCUGCAUAUUUUUUGAAAUGGCAUCGGGAAGACCGCUUUUUCCAGGUUCUACAGUGGAGGAUGAACUGCACCUAAUCUUCCGAUUGCUUGGGACACCAUCUCAAGAAACCUGGCCGGGUGUUUCUUCAAAUGAUGAGUUCAAGAACUACAACUUUCCUAAAUAUAAGCCACAGCCGCUCAUCAAUCAUGCCCCCAGACUAGACUCUGAAGGAAUUGAAUUGAUAACAAGAUUUCUUCAGUAUGAGUCAAAGACAAGGGUUUCAGCAGAGGAAGCCAUGAAGCACGCAUACUUUCGAAGUCUGGGAACAAGAAUACACGCUUUACCUGAAAGUGUCUCAAUAUUCAGUUUGAAAGAAAUUCAAUUGCAAAAGGACCCGGGUUUUCGAAAUUCUUCCUAUCCAGAGACAGGUGUGUUUGUAAUAAACCAUUUCACGUGUCGAUCUUGAAUUUUUGAAUGGAAACAAGCUUUUUGUUUAUAAAUUGGUUAGUAAUUUUAUUAAUGUGAAACUCAGUGUCCUGUGCCACAAUGGUAUACUGUUAGAACUGCACGUAACUCGCUUUUCUAUAUGACGUGGGCAGCUCAGUGUAUCUUCAGAGAGAAAUCAGACUCAGUCAAGUGAGGGGGCCUGAAAGCUACUGAAGCCACAGAGACCUUUGACCAGUGAGCUGGCUUGAUCCCUGAACGCGCCGUGCCCGGUAGCCGAAGCCGAAGAUGCACCUUGUGCUUACCUAGUCUUCAGGUUCAUCACUUGGAAGCAUAGAAGCUAUAGACUGACCCCGUCCCCACGUGGGCGCGUUAACAAAAGCCAGCGCCGGUCGCCCUGACCGCCGAGUCUGAGCUUUGCUGGUGGGAACGUGGCGUGGCCUUGAGUCACCAGAUCUGUGGGGUAAACUCUGAACUCUGAACUGCCUCACCCAAUGACUUUAUAUUUUAGGACACGGCAAGAACAGAAGACAGAGCAUGCUCUUUUAAGUUCGAUAGCAGGAUUUCAAGCCCGGCCCGGCCUCUCUUACCAAGCAAGGACUCAGCUCUGGACUUGGAUCUUCGCUUGUCUACGCUGUCCUAUUCCCAGUGGAGUCUUUUUAUUUCCGAUCUGCAGAUUAUGUUUUUAUAUUUGUUGUCACAGUGUGACAAUUUCUUGUACAGUUGGUUUUAAGGUCUCCUCUGCCAUUAGAGCCAGUCGGUUACAGCUGUUGGUGUAACUGGAGCUGCAAUUUUUGUGCAGGACUGAGAAACACAGUGCAUUAUUUAUUGCGGAAUCAUUGCUGCUAAGUAACUACUGUCUGUCUAUUUAACACAACAGUUGAAUGCCUGAAGAAGUUGCAAUGGCUUUAUGAUAUGUGAAUGCAUCUGUUUCUCCUCACAAACUGUUUGACUGCUGCAGUUUUUGUUUGUUUGUUAUUUUUAUUAAACUGCAAUGUUUCCUGGAAUGUAAACUUAGCUUUGCUUAAUCGUAAAUAGGUGAACCAUUUAAUGCUCUAAGUUCAUGAGACAAUUUCUUAUUUAACAUUGGCGAGGUGGUAGUUCUGAGUUUUAUAAGCACAUUAUGUUUAGAAAAGCACGUGACGCACAAGGUGAUUUCGAGCAAGUGAAUGCCUGCCUGCCCACCUGCCUGGGGAGGAAGGCUGAGGCAGGCAAGAAGGCAGGAAAGAUUUCCUUUAGAAGCCCAGAACUUGAGCCACGUGGAUUAUUUAUUUGCCACCGCUAGUUUAGCAACGUUUGCAUGCUCCUGAACAUUGGUAUACAAUGAAUUAACCUUAAUUUAUGUUGUGUUUUAAUCCAGCAAGGACUAAUUCACACAAAUCCAUUCAGAUGAACCUCUCAUCCUGUUAUUCUUCUGAAAUAUUAUUCUUGUAUUUGAUGAGAAGCAGGGUGAUUUUCUUUAUUGGAAGAACAUAUUUCAUUUCCUACUUUCCUCCCUUCCUACUCUCUCCUUCCCCUCUCCACUUCUCCCCUGCCCCCCAUGAUAUUUACUUGGAAUCAGCUGGAAGCUGUGAUAAGAUACGUGACAUGAGCCAUGAUUAACUACGUACUCUUCCCAAAAUGAGAACUUGGAGGCUUUUUUUAAAAUGUCGCCAACCUCUGUUUACCAGAGAUGACAGACAUUACGGCUGUGCCUGUGCAUCUCAUUGGGUGUCAGAAGGGCACCUUGGUGGAUGAUGGGAACAGUGUUUUUAAGCAUUUGUGUUCACCAUUAACAAUUAGUUGUGUAGUGCAUCUUACAGAUUGUAAAUCUUUAUUGGGAUAUUUUGAAAUGGUCAUGUAAAUCUCUGGCUGGUAUAUCAUGAAAAUAGUCAUAGACAACUUAAAUUUUUUCCUGAUUAUUCACUGUAAAAACAUUCAGGGGUCCUACCAUUUCUGUUCAGGAAAUCUUGUAGUUUAUUGUUAUUUAACAGUAUUAAGUGAAUUUUUGUAUAUUUCCUUUUAACUUUAUUUGUGAAUAAUGAUUGUGGCAUGUUUGGGGGGGGUGUUUUAUUAAUAGUUCAUGAUACUGGUAAAUUUAAUUAUUUGGGGGUUUUGUUUUGUUUUUGUUUUUGUUUUUUAAUUUUCUGGAAGAAACAGAUUCAUGUAUACUGGUGAAUAUUGGACCACUACUGCUUUCCAGCAUUUGUAAACUGGUUUUACGUAAAAUCCUGUAGACCUAACAAACUGCUGUUAUUUCUUAACUGACAAACACGUAUUAAUAUUGUACUUUUGAAAGUAUAAAUAUUAUGUGGAAUUCCUUGGUUUUGUUUUGAAGUUUAUAAUAACAAAAUCUCCAUGUUGUUAAAAUA